UUUCCCAGGUCAGGCCAGAUUAGUUUAGUCACCAUAUUUAUGAUAUGACAAACCUUCUCAUCACUCCUGGCUGUCUUUCCAUAUGUUCUCUGAACUGAAGAGCAUUUACUUUUUCUUUUUUUCUACAUGUCUAUUUUUCUUCUUGGAUCUGGAGGGAUUAAUUCCUUUUCCUUUUGCAUUGGAAUAAGUUUCUUAUAGCCAGGCAACUGGAAUUAGAAGUGAUAUUGUUGAUCAUAACUCUACUUGGCACUUUCUUGUGUUGUCGGAUGUAAAAGUACUACAUAUUGAGUCCCUUACCUUACCCUUUUCUUCUGGUUCUAUUCAAUUUACAAGCCAUUCUGGUCGGUCCUCACUCUGAAUAAGGUAUCUUUCAAUUCCAUGUAAUAUUUGAUUUGAUUUGAUUUGAUUUUGAUUUUCUGGGAUUUUUCUUUUUCUUUCUACUUUUCCUUUAUUGCCGCAAAAGCUUCAGACUUUGGAGGAUUUCAUGGAAAAUCCAAAAUGGGCAAUCAUGUUCUAAGAGGAAAAUUCGUGGGGUUGUGAUUCUGGUGGUAAAGGCCACCUUUUUAUCUUGUGGGUACCCAUAAAUGGCAAGCCUUUUCUUUCUUGAGCUGUUUCUAGCUGGAAAUCACUGAUUUUGUAAGAGAUUUUAAGGUGCCUAGUACAUGGCAGAUAAGCUGAAGGAUUUUAUCUGAUAUGUUGCUAAACUUCUGUUUUUGGAAAUUCAUUAUUUGGAUUUACAUAUAUAUGGAAAGUCCUCCAUUCUCUUUUGGUUUCUAGUGUUAAUAAAAGCGUAGUUUGUGUUUUAGAUUUUGCACAGAGGAAGAAAACAAAUUGAAUAAAGGGAGACUCUAGAUAUCAUAUUUUAUUGAUUGGUUUACCAUAGAAUUGCUCAGAUAUCUCAUAAGUAUAUGCUUUUCAAGCACUGGUUCCAAUCCAUAGAUUCAGAGUUUGGGGGAGAUAGAGGCUUGAAAUGUUGUAAUUUUGUGGUUUGGAUAGAGGAAGACCGAAUUUACAAAGUGGAAGGACUGAACUAGGGUAGUUGGGAAGAAGAGGAGAUGGCUGCAAAACUUUUACAUUCUUUAGCAGAUGAUAAUCCAGAUUUGCAAAAGCAAAUAGGAUGCAUGACUGGGGUUUUUCAAAUAUUUGAUCGUCACCAAGUCCUUACCGGUAGGCGCCUCAACCAGAAGAGGCUUCCUCCAGGUGAUUCCCACUUCAAAAAUGGCAGCUCAGAAAGGGAAUGUUUUAAUGCAUACAAUCAGAACACAACAGUUGACAUUAAUUUAAACAAGAAUUUGAAUGAGAAGCAAAGAAUUUCUACAGAAUCAUCAAGAGCAUCUUUCUCAUCCUCUUGCUCAUCUUCCAUGCCCUCCUCUCUGGACUGCAAUAAAACAGCUCAACCAGAAGCAUCUUCCUUUGACAGAAUUAUCUUUCCUGAAACUCCCUCAAGGAACCCAGUUAUAACUCAGCCAAGUACCUCUGCCCAUUUAGGGCGGCAUUCUCUUGAUCUUCGAGAUGUUGUCAAGGAUUCUAUGUAUAGAGAGGCCAGAGGGUUAUCAGUCAAAACUACAGCUAAAGAAGAAGCAAUGAGCCAUAUAGUGAAGCAUAAAGAUUCCCCGGGGGCAUUACAGGCCUCCAAAUCUGCAGAUGGAUCUUAUAGAGUUGGUAACAAAGGAAAGAAAAAUGCUCCUCCUGUCAAUCUCAAGGAGUCUCUUAAAGUUGCUAAACUUCAUGAAGCACCUUGGUAUUAUAAUGAAACUAAAGAGCAUCCAAGAUCAUCAUAUGAAGCAAAAGAUGGAUCUUGGCAUACAAUUCCAAAAGAUGCUCCUCGGUUUUCCUGUGAUGGGUGGGGGAUUAAUCAUUUGUCAUUUGAAUCUCGAGAUACUAUCAAGUCCACCCCAAAACUAAAAGAGCUUCCAAGACUUUCACUGGAUAGUAGAGUAAUUUCCGUGAGUGGAUCCAACAUUGAUUCUAGAUCAAAUUACCUUUCAAAAGAUCUAGAAAGUAGCAGCAACUCAAAUGAAAAGAUCUUUACUCUGCAGCAAUCACUGAAAACUCAGAAACGGCCUCCUAGUGUGGUAGCCAAGCUGAUGGGCUUGGAAGGAUUGCCAGAUUCUGCGUUCACCAGUCAUAGUCAGCCAGGUUUGAUCAAGAACUCAUUGGUGGAACAUGAUGAUUCCUUCUCGAGAUCAUUGAAAACAAACGAUCUAAACCGACCAAUCCAUAUUCCGAAGUCUCAGAGAAACUCGGUGAAAGAUCCAAUAUCACCACGGUGGAAGAAUCCAGAUUUGGUCAUGAAACCCAUUUCAAGGCUGCCAAUUGAACCAGCACCAUGGAAGCAGCUGGAUGGAAGUCGAUGUUCUUUGAAACAGCCUUUCAAGCCUGAAAAAGUUCCUGGGAAGACACCAAAUUUAUUCCCUUCAGUUUACAGUGAGAUUGAGAAGAGAUUGAAGGAUCUCGAGUUCAAACAAUCUGGAAAGGAUCUUAGAGCUCUUAAACAGAUUCUGGAAGCAAUGCAGGCUAAGGGGUUCUUGGAGAAUAGAAAAGAAGAACAAGCUUCAAAUUCUGUACCCCUGAGAGAUCAUGAACCAAAAUGUAGCAGUCCCAGUCAAAAGGCAAGGUUGCUAGGUCAACAAAACCAACAGAAAAAUCAUGCUGGUGUUCCCACAACCAGGGGUUCUGAUUCUUUGAGGACUUGUGAAUCCCCAAUUGUGAUCAUUAAAACAGCCAAACUAGUUGAGAAAUCUGGUAUUCCUGCUUCCUCGGUAAUUCCUAUAGAUGACCUUUCCAGCCUUCAUAGAAUUCCAACUGGUGGACAUGCAGAUGGUAAAAAGGGAUCCAAUAAUAGCCGAACAGCUAAAGAUCAAUCUCCAAGAAACAGCCAGAGAGAUUCUUUAGCCAGCUCCAGUGAUAAGAGAACUGUUGUCAAGAAGAAUACAAAAUCAACACAAUCCUUGACACGAUCCCAACAAGUGCCAAAAGAAAGCAACCUGAGUUCAGCAAGGAGUUCAGGAUCUGUGAGCCCAAGACUUUCACAGAAGAAACUUGAACUAGAGAAGCGAUCUUGUCCACCUACCCCUCCAUCUGAUACAAGUAAACCAAGAACGCAAUCCAACAGGCAGCCAACAGAAAUAGGUUCACCUGGUGGGAAACACAGGGUAAAAUAUCCCAAAGUGCCACCGAGUGAUGACCAGUUAAGUCAGAUAAGUAAUGAAUCAAGAACUUCGAGUCACCAAGGAGAUGACACCUCUUUGCAGUCUGAUGGCACUACUUUUGACUUGAAGACAGAUAUGGAAGUCACUAGUACUGAACGAUCUACUGACAACUACAGUGGCCAGAGUCCAACCCUCAAUGCUGCCAGGCGCUUAGUUUCGGGCUCAUUACAGAAAAAAUCAACUUUUAUGUUUGAAGAGGAUGGGACAUCAGCAGAGCUUGCUGUUGUUGCCCCUGAGCAUCCUAGUCCUGUCUCUGUACUUGAUGCAUCUGUAUAUAGAGAUGAUGCAUUGUCUCCUGUAAAGCAGAUGCCAAAUAUGAUCAAAGGAGAUGUCCCCAAAGAUUUCCAUUACCAACAGAGUGAAGAUCAAUGGAAUCCUGCAGAUAACUUAUUGUCUAACAGUGUGGCCUCUGGCCUCUCUUCAGAUAUCAAUCGCAAGAAAUUACAAAAAAUUGAGAAUUUGGUACAAAAGCUUAGACAAUUGAACUCCACUCACGAUGAAUCCAGCACAGAUUACAUAGCAUCACUUUGUGAGAACACAAAUCCUGACCACAGAUACAUUUCAGAGAUUUUGUUAGCGUCCGGCCUUCUACUUAGAGACCUUAGUUCUGACCUGUCAGCAUUUCAACUCCACCCAUCAGGUCACCCCAUUAACCCUGAGUUAUUCUUUGUAUUGGAGCAAACCAAGGCCAGCAAUUUGGUUUCAAAGGAAGAAUGCAGCCCUGGAAAGUCCUUCCAUUCAAAGCCAAACCCAGAGAAGUUUCAUCGGAAGCUCAUAUUUGAUGCUGUUAAUGAGAUUCUUGUCAAAAAGUUGGCAUUAGUGGUGCCCUCUCCUGAGCCAUGGUUGAAGUCUGAUAAGCUAGCAAAGAAGACCCUCAGUGCUCAAAAGCUUCUGAAAGAAUUAUGUUCAGAGAUGGAGCAACUUCUAGUCAAGAAAUCAGAAUGCAGCUUAGAGGAGGAGGAUGGUUUGAAAAGCAUUUUGUGCUAUGAUGUGAUGCAUCGGUCAGAGAGUUGGAUAGAUUUUCAUAGUGAGACUUCUGGCGUAGUGUUGGAUGUUGAGCGUUUGGUCUUCAAGGAUCUAGUUGAUGAGAUUGUGAUUGGUGAGGCAGCUGGUAUACGAACCAAACCUGGAAGAAGCCGUCGGCAGCUGUUUGGGAAGUAACUAGCUUGCGAUCUGCAAAAUAGUCUUCUAAUUAUUCUUUUAGUUUUUUUUCUUCCCCUUUAAUGUUCUCCUCUCUUUUCUCAUUGUGAGUUACAUAUAUAUUUGUAUGUUUUCCGUUGUUUAAAGCAAAUAAUUUGUGGCUAAGCACUGCAAUUAUAUGCUGGAUUGUAAAGAAAUUAACUUUUCAGAUUAUCUCAUCACAUUAAUAAGAAAAAAUAAAUCCAACUUUUGGUUUGUGCUUUUAAA